AUGCCAACGAUUACCUACAGCCCAGAUAAUAUGCCUGACUUGACUGGAAAGGUUAUUCUUAUUACUGGUGGCACUGGGGGACUUGGAGCCGAAAGCGCACAGCGACUGGCGCUAAAAUCGCCAGCGCAUAUCUAUAUCAGUGGUCGCAAGGCUGCCGGUGCGGAUAAAGUCAUCCAGCAGAUCCGACAAGCUGGCAGCAAGACACCAGUCACUUUCCUUCCCUGCGACCUGGCCUGCUUAGCCUCAGUGAAGCAAGCGGCAGAGACAUUUCUAGCCCAAGAGUCUCGCCUGGAUAUUCUGAUGUGCAACGCGGGCAUCAUGGCCACACCACCCGGGUUGACGGCGGACGGAUAUGAGAUCCAAUUCGGUACAAACCAUCUCGGCCACGCCCUGCUGAUCCUCAAACUGCUGCCACUUCUCCAGACUACAGCAGUAGCAGCGGACGUGCGUAUCAUCCUGCUCACCUCGUUAGGAUUUAGGAUGCAUCCGGGGGGAGGAAUCAUCUUCGAUGCAGUGCGCACCAAGCAGGAGUUCAGCGUAUUUGGCGGAUGGAUCCGCUACGGCCAGAGUAAGUUGGCAAACUUGCUGUACGCGAGCGAGCUCGCACGUCGGUACCCGGCGAUAACUAGUAUCUCCCUCACGCCCGGAGUCGUGAAUACCGGCCUAGUUGGAAAUCUAGGUUACUUCAACCGCGCCUUUGUCUGGGUCACCAACUUUGGUCAUCUGAUGAAACCGGAGGAAGGUGUCUGUAAUCAGCUCUGGGCUUCAACAGUGGAUAAGGAAAUCUUGAAGAACGGCCGAUUCUAUGAGCCGGUCGGGGUGCUCUCUACCAAACUAGACAAGGCAUCCCAAGAUACGGCAUUAGCUAAGAAGCUGUGGGAUUGGACUGAACAGGCCUUGCAAGCAUACCUGUGA